AAAAGUUUCAUCUAGGUCUGGGUCACAGCUCAUCCCUCACUUCCCUAUCCUCAGCCUAUUUUUUCAGCCACUAUAUGCAUUUUAUAUGACACAAAGGUUAAAAAAGUGAACAUUAAUUUUAUUACACGGGAUUUCAGAUGAUGUUUUGGACAAAAAAAAUUAUCCCAUAAUGUCCACCAAGCAAAAAAAAAACAAACAAACAAAAAAAACAAAAAAAAAAACUUGUGCACUGUGGAAAGGGCGGGGCUUCGUCUUUGUCACGUGUCACAAAGGAAGGAAGGAUCAGAGACAGCAGCAGAAAUCCACGAACAAAACAUCACUACCUGCACUUUAUAGACGGCGGAGGAAGAAAAAAAAAAAGCGAGUGAAACAUCUGAGAACAUGUGCAGCAGGAUUUUUCAGGACGACGCGAACUGCCGCAAAUUUUGCGCCAAAGCGCGUCGGAGGAAUGUUUACACUGAAGCGACGCUGUAAGUCUUUUCUUUCUUUAUUUUAAAGUUACUGGGACCAGAACAACAAAAACACUUACUGGAAUAAAUGCAUUUUUUUGCCUCCUCGUUCCGUGCGGAGUUUGUGGAUAGAAUGUGCAGGAGGAGCAGCAGCUCGUUGACGCGCACAUGUUGUUCUGCGCCUGAAGGUAUUUGUGAAGUUUGACGGAAAGAAGCCACGUUUGCGCCUCAUCAUCAUCCGAGCGGAGGAUGGCAGAUCUGCGCCGUCUCUGAAAGUCUCCUGCAGAAAGACGAACAGAAAGAGGACAUGGAGAGUCCGGAGGAGAAGGAGCAAAGGUUCUCCCUCAGCUACGUGGGCUGGUCAUGUCUGGACCGGCGGACCACGCUGCCCAUGCUGCCGUGGCUGGUGGCUGAGAUCCGGCGGAGGAGCGAGAGAGGAGACGGCGGCCCCGCGGUGCAGGCCAGGGAGGUCCAGCUGGUCCUCAACGCCCCCUUCGUCCGGUGUGUCCCGUCCAACAGCAGCAACUCGUCUGUCUUCAUUUUCGAGCACAAAGCGCAACUCAUCUCGCGCUUCAUCCACAACAGCAACGACCUCACCUACUUCGCCUACCUGCUCCGAGGACAGCCGGAAAAUCCCGAGUCCGAGAUGUCCUGUCACGUCUUCAAGGCGUGCGAUCCCAACCAGGUUCCUGAGGUGAUCAGCAGCAUCCGCCAAGUGUCCAAAUCAGUCUUAAAGGAAGACACCAAACCCAAACAGGAAACGGAUGAAGCUUUCUACAACUCCCAGAAAUUUGAAGUGUUGUACUGUGGGAAGGUGAUAGUUGGGCAGAAGAAGGCUCCAUCCACCCUCAUCGACGACUGUAUAGACAAAUUUCGUCAGCAUGAGGUCGAGCGCAAACAGGUACGUUUGCCAGACGGGCGACGCACGUCCAUUGAGCACCCUGUGGAGUUCCUCAUGGGUGGAGAAGGAGACCCACUCACAUCUGUUCUGAACGAGAGCAUGGAAGACCCUGAAGGCUUUGGAGAAGAGAAUCUGAUUGGUGGUAAAAGUCUGAUCGGCAGCACCAGUGGGAGCAGCCUGAGAGGAGUGUUCCCAGAGUGCAUCCUGGAAGACGACGGAUUUGACGGGCCGCAGGAGUUUCGUACACGUUGUAGCAGCCUAGCGGGGAGUCUGCAGAAGAAGCCCAUGGAAGGUGUCCUCAUGGCACCGAUACGCCGCAGACAUGCUAGCGCACCCAACGUUCAGCCGUCGGACGUAGACAAAAACCGCACCAUGCUGUUCCAGGUCGGCCGUUUUGAGGUGAACCUCAUCAGUCCAGACAGUAAGACGGUGGUGCUGGAGAAGAACUUCAAAGAUAUCUCAUCCUGCUGUCAGGGCAUAAAGCAGACGGACCACUUUGGAUUCAUCUGUCGCGACCACACCGAGUCCGGUCCCAGUCAGUACGUUUGCUUCGUUUUCCAGUGCGCCAGCGAGUCCCUGGUGGAUGAGGUGAUGCUGACCCUGAAGCAGGCUUUCAGCACUGCAGCAGCGCUGCAAAGCAACAAGACCCAGAUCCAGCUGUGUGAAGCGUGCCCCAUGCACGACCUGCACAAGCUCUGCGAGCGCAUUGAAGGUCUCUACCCACCCAGAGCCAAGCUGGCCAUCCAGAAAUAUCUCUCUCAGCUGACCGACAGUGAACAAGUCGAAGUUUUUGAGCGAGUUCAGAGGAUGAAGCCCAGUUCGGACCAAGAGGAGAACGAGCUGGUGAUGCUGCACCUGAGGCUGCUGUCUGAAAACAAACAGAGGUCGCAUCUGCACAUCGGCGAGGCCCCCCAGAAUGCAGCAAACGCAGCAGGAGACGGCGCGCCGAUGAGCAGCCGCUUCAAACUCGAUAUUCUGAAGAAUAGAGCUCGAACCUCCCUCACCAACUCACUGGAGAACAUCUUUUCACGGGGUGCCAGCCGGAUGCGAGGCCGUUUGGGAAGCAUGAGCAGCUUUGACAGACAGGACGAGGAAUCUCCUGGUCACUCCCCUCCAAGUUCACCGCCGCCGUUCCCCGACGAGGACUUAGAAACAGGCCAGCAGUUCCGCCGGCGCGCUCACACCUUCAGUCACCCGCCUGUGAGGAAACGCAUCUCUUUUGAGGGCCCCUCGACCAACCAGAGCAGACAGGUUCCACUCCGCAGGCAGCAGUCUAUUAAUCCUGAACUGCUGCAGAGCAGUUUUCCCGCGGGCUUCUCGAGAGUCCGCCGCGCCUCGGAGAGCGAGUCCACCUUCAUCCUUCGCUCCUCCUUCUCCACCCCUACUUUCCUGAAAAGCUUUUACCAGGGCUCGCUGGUGUCCCUGAGCUCCCUGGCAGACAGUGGGACCCCGAAGAGUACUGAGGAUGGCAGGAAGAGGUCGCUGUCCGGCUGCAGCAGCGACUCUGUGAGUGUAACUGGUCUGCCUGCGCCCACACGCAGAGUCUCGUGGAGACAGAAGAUCUUCCUGAGAGUGGCAUCGCCCAUCAACAAGCCCUCUGCAUCCAUGUACACAGAUUGCUCUGAUGUCAGGGAGCUGCUGCCUCUCUCGCCUCGGGCCUCGGGUUCCAGUAGAGACCCCUUGGGCUGCCUGCUGACCCCGGCUGGUGACCUCACCGGUGAGCAUCCGAAGAGGACGGGAGCCGAGUACCGGGCCCUCUGGAAGACUGCGAUCCGCCAGCAGAUCCUGCUGCUGCGCAUGGAGAAGGAGAACCAACGGCUGGAGGAAGCGAGUCGGGAUGAGCUGCACAUCCGCAAGAUGAAGCUGAACUACCAGGAAGUGGGACAGUGCUCCAGAGAGGGACAAGCAUUAUGGGAGAAAAAAUUGACGGCCCCGGGCAGAACCACUGUCCCACAAGACACGGAGGAGAUGUACCGCGCCCUCUGCCAAGGUGUUCCCAAGAGCAGGCGUGGAGAAGUCUGGCUGCUCCUUUCCCAUCAGCACCGGCUGCGACACCGACUGCCGCAGCGCCAGCAAGCGGCAGACAUCCAGUACCACGACCUGCUGAAGCAGCUCACCACACAGCAGCACGCCAUUCUGGUGGACCUCGGUCGGACCUUCCCCUCCCAUCAGUACUUCUCGACCCAGCUGGGAGCGGGCCAGCUGUCCCUCUAUAACCUGCUGAAAGCCUACUCUCUGCUGGAUACGGAGGUCGGCUACUGUCAGGGAAUCAGCUUUGUGGCUGGCGUGUUGCUGCUCCACAUGAGCGAGGAUCAAGCUUUCGACAUGCUCAAGUUCCUGAUGUAUGACCUCGGCAUCAGACGCCAGUACAGACCGGAUAUGAUCUCGCUGCAGAUUCAGAUGUACCAGCUCUCCAGGCUGUUGCACGACUACCAUCGCGGUUUGUACAAUCACUUGGACGAGCACGAGAUCUGUCCAAGCCUCUACGCGGCUCCAUGGUUCCUCACGCUCUUCGCCUCACAGUUCCCACUCGGAUUUGUGUCCCGCAUUUUUGAUUUUUUGUUCAUCCAGGGGACAGAGGUGAUCUUUAAAGUGGCCCUUUGUCUCUUGAGCAACCAUGAGGGGGAGAUACUAGAGUGCGACAGCUUUGAGAGCAUCGUGGACUAUCUGAAAACUACAAUUCCCACCCUGACUCAGACUCAGAUGGAGCAGACUAUUGCUAAGGUGUUGGAGAUGGACAUCUCCAAACAGCUGCAUGCGUACGAGGUGGAGUAUCACGUUCUGCAGGAUGAGAUGUUGGAAGUCGGUUCGCCACCCGACGAAUCUGAGCGACUGGACAAACUAGAAAAGACCAACGCACAACUGAAGAAGCAGAACAUGGACCUGCUGGAAAAACUUCAGGUUGCACGGCAGAAGAUUCAGACGCUGGAGAGCAGCGUGGAGAACUUCCUCUCCCGGGAGAGCAAAAUGAAGCACAUGAUUCGCUCCUUGGAGCAGGAGCGGGCGUCUUACCAGAAGACCAUCGAACGCAUGCGCUCGUGCUUUCCUGCCGACGCCGUGGCAGAUGUGGAAAUGACCCACAUCAAAACUGGACCCAACGGGAAAGCCAAAGCUGCGGCCAAGAAGCCCUGAGGGCCAAGCGAGGCCUGAGAGUGCAGCGGAGCCGGACGCCACAGCGCUGGUUUUAAAAACGUGAGGAACAGGUUUCACUUCCACUAGCCGUGAACUAAUCCGGCAGCGGAUCAAAGCUGCUGUUGUUGGUCAAAACUGUCCUCACCGCGGCUUCGCCCGCUUCAUACGUUUGACCAUUGUGGGGCAUGUUUGAGUUAGUCACAAGUGAAAAAAAAACGUGCCCGCCUUAGUAACACUUUUAAACACUGCCUUCGCUGACGGAUUCAUGAUCCAGCUCAGUAGCACCACCUGGUGGCGAACAAUCAUUCAGCCCUCAGGGUCAAUUUACAGCCGUCCAGUUUUAAGUCUUGGGCUCAGGCUAAUCACGUUGAUUUAUAUGAGUAGUUUGCUUUUUUUGUCACUUAUACUUGAAUUUUUUGUGAAUGUAAAAUCCCUCCAAAGAUGAUGGUGAUAGGGGUUCUGUUUUUAUUAAAAAAAAAUGUUUAAACAAGACACUCCCAUGUGCCACAUUAGACUUUUGGCUGAUUCCUCACUAAACCAUUACCAUUGAACUCUGGAAUAUUUCAAGCAGCAGAUCGUCUCUCACAAAGUUUGUACUUCAAUCCAUCGUCCACUCGCCAUUUCUCUGUAAUCACAUCAUCACACGCUGCAACGAUUCCUUAUCGAGGAUUCUAGUAUCGAUAUCAGGUUAUAAUAAAGUCCUCACAUCAUCUCCAGCUAGAUAUAAACUAAAAGUGCAAUAAUUUCAACUAGACAGGCUGUGGAUUGAGUGUACACCACUGCCAAGGCGAAACCAUCCCAUAAGAAAAAGUUUAAAAUAAUAAAUGAAAUAAAGUCUCCUUACUCCGCCCCCUUUACACCACAAAAUGUAAUACGAUCUUUUCUAGACCUUUUACCAACAUUUUCUUCAGGUUUUAGAAUAUUAUUUUCUUUAGUAUAUGAAUCCACACCAAAGUUUAAUAAAACCAACUUUACUAAAAACAUUAGUGCACUGUAUCAUGUCGCUAAUAUUAAAAACAUCUUUAAAAAAAAAAAACAUCAUGACCUCACCGUUUUAAUGAAACGGAAUCAAAUCCAGCAUCAGUCCAAAUUUUUAAUUUUUAAAGUUAACAGGAGCCACUGAAAACGGAGGGGGAAAAAUUAAAAUUUUAAAAUUUACAAUACAUGCAAUAUAUUUUUUUAAAUAAGCAACACUGUGAAAUAAGUUGUAUCAAAAAUAUGACUCUGAAGAAUGCAUUGAGGAAAACUACAAAAAUUCAAAUUAAUGACCUGGAAUAUUAGAAAAAGUAAAUGUUGCUUAAUUUUUGCAAAAAGGAGCAUUAUUCAAAAUCCACAACAUUAAUAGUGAAUUUAAAAAAUUACAUAAACGCUAUGAUCAAAAACAGCACACUACUUGAGGAAUUUCAGAACUCUCCAAAAAUCAUACUUUUACGUUCAGACCACGAAGAGCGUGUCUUCACAAAGGAAAACAACUCCAAAAUGGUGCCACAAAGGUUGUGUAACCCCCAAAAUAGACAAAUGUCUCAGGCUUAUAGAAUCUUACAACAAUCAAGUUCUCAGAAAUCUUUAUUCUGUCAGCUGGCAGUUACUGACAGAAAAAAUAUUUUUGAAUCCGACAAACAGAAGGAAUGCUUUCUGGGAAAGCACGAGUACGUAAAUGUUCAUAAACUAUUUUAAUUACAACAGCUGAACUCAAGUGGACAGCGGCAGGUUAACUCUUCAAACUUUAAUCUGGUCAGAUUGUCUUUUUUUUAACUUGUAAUUCUGACAUUUUGAGCAGUUCGAAGACUUUUAGGUCUGGAUGAAAGAAAUGCACGAGUCAGGGUGCACAAAGUGGAGACCAAAGAGAUAAAAAUGAACAACAAAUCAAAAUAUAAGAUAAAAAAAAACUGAUUUCUGUUUGUUGGCGUGGCACUCACAGAUAUUACACAAAAGAUGAGUGAAAUAUGAAUUUAAAUAAGAGUUUGUGUGUUUGCAUCUGAUUGUGGUCUUGUUGUGCUGCUUCUGUUUUUCUUUGUAGCACCAUGUGUGCUGCUGUCUCAUUUCUCAACAACACACACCACAAACGUUUUUCAGUGCAGUCGAGACAAAACCAAAUCUUCAACUACUUUUUUUUUUUUUUUUUUUUGGGUGGGUGUAGGGGUGGGGUGUGGGAGCGGCUUCUUUCCUAAGCUCAGACAGGAUGUCAGGUCGUCUGCCUUCUCGGUUUCCGGUGUGACUGCCCGCGGUGUCGCCUCGAGCUUCUCACCACAUUCACACUCGAGCUGACAAGAAGAGAAACAAGGACCCGACUGUGAACUCUAAAAUGCUGUUUUUUUUUUUUUUAGUUUUCCAAAUGUGCACGUUACAAAUUUAGCAAGAAUAACUUUUCCUCCCUUAAGUUCCCUGAAUAUUUGACAUUUCCAGAUGAUGCGUAUCUGCAGCAGCUGCAUGGUCACAUGACAACUAUUUUUUUUUUUUUUUUUUUUGCUCAGCGGUGCGUCAGACCGCAAAACAAAUAAGAACUUAAAGACACUCAAGUUCCUUCUUUAGCUGUGGGAAUGUAUACGUGCGUGUGCACUGGGGGUGUAAUGACACACCAAACGGAAGGUUUGACACGAUCGCAGGGUUUCUCACAAGCCGAGUGAAAAACUGUUGCUGAGAGCUCUUAUAUAUGUUUAUGAGUCUUUCCUGUCUUGUUUCUUUUGGCCUGUUCUGUUGGUGACAGAACACAAUGUGUGUUAUCAGUAAAUAGUUUACACUCAGAUCAUUUGAAAUUUAACCAAAACUAUGAUGCGGAAACUGAAGCAGAAGACAUUUUAAACAUAUCUAACUGGUAGAACAAUAAACAAUAUAGGUAAGUAAAGCAGUGUUUCUGAAACUCAUUCAGACCAAGGACCACUUGACCAAUAAAUAAAUAAAUAAAAAUGUCACUCCCCAAAUAUCUUAAAACAAUCGGUCUGCUUACCCCUCCAUCUGUAUAUUACAGCUUUACGUCUGUUAGACUCCAGAGUCAUUUUUAAAGUUUGAAAAACGCUUUUAAGUUAGACAUACAGUAUCAAUUUAAAAUGUUAUUUUACCAAUAUACUCAAGGGCCACUAGGGGUCACUCUUGGACAAUGAGUAGCUUACAGAUCACCAGUCUUUGAGAAAAAAAAUAGAUACAGCUACACUGAUACAUGGAACCAUGAAUCAAUCUUAAAUGCGCUACCGAAAAUCAAGUUCUACUGGUUCAGAAACGUAUGCUGUGCUUGUUUAUGCUACGCUAGCAACAGCUGGUUUCUUCUGGACUUCUGCUUUCUGAUGCUAUAUGUGGUGCUGCACCCAGUAGUGGGAAAAAGUGACCACAGGCAGUACCAGCAUGCUGCAGCACAGUAGCAAAAACCCUAAGAAGGUCUCUGGUUUUUUAUAUGUAUUUGAAGUUAAGCAACACCAUUUUUGGUUUAUUAUAAUUGAUGGAAAGAAAUAUCUCCAAUAAACAAAGAACUGUAUCAGACAGAGUAAAAAGUAUUGCCCAUGAAUCCUAUCCUAGCCCAUGUAUCUAGAUCCAUAUCAGAUAUUUUUGCAGGUGUGUGUGUGUGUGUGUGUUAUAUAUAUAUAUAUAUAUAAAUCUGUUUCAGAGGAAAGAUUUACAAAUAACCAGGCUUCUACAAAUUGUUAAACCAAUACUUAUCUUCAGCACAGCGUUCCACUCUUUCCACAUUUGACUCAAAAAUGUUAUUUUUCUCAGUAUUCUGAAAAUGUACGUUGUUGCAUCAUAAAUUCCUCUUCCACGGGGCGUCGUUGCACACUCACGUGUACACAGCUUACAGAGCUGACACACACUUAAGUGUCCCUGAAUCUCUUUAGCUCGUGUGACUCAACAGUCCUGGUCUCUGAUUUCUUCAAAGGUUUUUAUUUGAAGGCAACAUCCAUCUAUGAAAAAUAUACCUUAUGAACAGCAUCUAUCAGUCCUCUGGCUCUUGGAAACAAGUAGCGACAGUGCUGGGUUUUUCUUUGUUUUUUUUACCAUCUUACUGUAAAGGUGUUCUAAAACUUGAGUGUCUUUUUGCAUACAAUGCAACAUGUAAUUUUUUUCGUGAUGCUGGGAGGUUUUUGUUUUUUUUUUUUGCAUAUACUCGUACUCUGUACACUUGCCUGCUUGUACAUUUGCUGAGAAGCAGAACUUUGAGACUGAUCAAACUGUGUGGCUCCAUCAUCAUUAAAUGUUCCCGUGAUAACUGAAGUGACAUAAUAAAUGUCACCACUGAAAAGCAGGGAUUGUCUGCAUUUAAACAUAUCAGACAAAUCUCAUACAACAGGGAUUUCAAACUGGUGGCCUGGGGGCCUGAUAAGAACCAUUAGUAAGUACAUAAUGGUCCGUGGCAUGCCUUACAUUGUUAAACAUGGUCCACAUGAUAAAAAUCCUGGUUGGGGGCCUUCAGGUCAUUUCAGACCAUGGUUUUCAAACAUGCUGAUGUGCAUCUACAACACGGUUGAUGCACAACUUUUGCGUUUUUUUUUUUUUUUUUUUUUGCCUGUACUUUGCUUAUUUACUUUAUUUGUGCACUACAAAACUGAUUUAUGAACCAAAAAAAUGUUUCAAAUCAACCAAUGCAAUUGACUCUGUCACUACACCUGUCUGAACAUGUCUGGUAAUCUGAUCUUUUUGUCUUUAAUGUGAUGAUUCGAAAAGAAAGUUAAAAAAAAAACAUCACUGUUGGCAAACUGUUAGCAUAUUUUUCUCAGUUUACUGAUUAGUGCCAACAGGCUAAGGUGACCUUUAUCAUCCAUUGCACAGAGAUACCAUGUUAUUUUGGUUUUAUGUAAUUUUUGUUUGCAGUUCAUCCUCAUGGCCACUGGAGGUGCUUUCAGUCCUGACUGCUAAAUUAUGCUUCGAUCACUGUGUUUUAAAGGAAUGAUUGCUUGAUAAGAGCUAAUUUCCAAGAUGAGGGCUACACGAAGAACAGAUAUUGUCAAUAAUUCUUCAAUAAACCUCACCUUGCCUUGUU